CUCUCUGGUUUUUUUAACCUGGAUGUGACGUCUUAAAGGACCCGACGGAAAUAGAACGUCAGGCGUUCUAAAAUGGCGAACCGUACGGUAAAAGAUGCGCACAGCAUCCACGGCACCAACCCUCAGUAUCUGGUGGAGAAAAUCAUUCGGACGCGAAUUUAUGAGUCCAAAUACUGGAAAGAGGAGUGCUUUGGACUUACAGCUGAACUUGUAGUCGAUAAAGCUAUGGAGUUAAGAUUUGUGGGUGGUGUCUACGGUGGCAACAUAAAGCCAACUCCUUUUUUGUGUUUAACCUUGAAGAUGCUUCAGAUUCAACCUGAGAAGGACAUCAUUGUAGAGUUUAUAAAAAAUGAAGAUUUCAAGUAUGUCCGCAUGCUGGGAGCACUUUACAUGAGGUUGACAGGUACUGCAAUUGAUUGCUACAAGUACUUGGAGCCUCUAUACAAUGACUAUCGAAAAAUCAAGAGUCAGAACCGAAAUGGAGAGUUUGAGCUGAUGCAUGUAGAUGAGUUUAUUGAUGAGCUACUGCACAGUGAGAGAGUCUGUGAUAUCAUUCUUCCCCGGCUACAGAAACGCUAUGUGCUAGAGGAAGCUGAACAGCUGGAGCCUCGGGUUAGUGCUCUGGAAGAAGACAUGGAUGACGUGGAGUCCAGUGAAGAGGAGGAAGAAGAGGAUGAGAAGUUGGAAAGAGUGCCAUCACCUGAUCAUCGCCGGAGAAGCUACCGAGACCUGGACAAACCCCGUCGCUCUCCCACACUACGCUAUCGGAGGAGUAGGAGUCGGUCUCCCAGAAGGCGGAGUCGGUCUCCCAAGAGGAGGAGCCCCUCCCCUCGCAGAGAACGGCAUCGGAGCAAGAGUCCAAGACGUCAUCGCAGCAGGUCCCGAGACAGACGGCACAGAUCCCGCUCCAAGUCCCCAGGUCAUCACCGUAGUCACAGACACAGGAGCCACUCAAAAUCUCCUGAAAGGUCUAAGAAAAGCCACAAGAAGAGCCGGAGAGGGAAUGAGUAAUGGACUCAGUUUGGUUUUAAUACAAGUGGCCUUCUGUGGAGAUGAAGGCAUCUGUCUACGUGAAAGAAAGAUCUCCUCAGUCCCAGGCAGCUAUGAGAGUAUUUUAGAUUUUUUUUAAACCAAGUUUUCUUCACUUUUUUUUAACAUGAAAGAGGUGCUGAGUUUUGUAUCUCUUUAUGAAUUGUACGUAAUCCACACAUUUGAAAGAUAAUGCUUCCUGAACUGAGAGCUGCUUUUGGCUUCUUUGUACAAUCAAACUUGUUUGUACUCAAAUUUAUGAGGGUAGAAUGGAUUCAAAUAGAGUGUAUUAAACAAGGGGAGGAUGUGGCCACCUUGUUAUUUUUGUUAUUAAACUUGAC